ACUUGCGCCUGCGACCGCGACCCGACGACGACGACCGCCAGUACAGUGGUGUGCAGUGUUGAGUGCAGUGCUCGGCCGGCAUGGCGGCUCGCGGGCGGGCGUGCGCGCGCGCCGCGCCGGACCCUCGCUGACCCCAUGCGCGCGCGCGCGCCGCGGCCCGCGCCGCUGCUGCUCGCCCUCGCCCUCGCCGCAAGCCUGCAAGUCGCGGCGGGGGCGGGCGUGUUUGAGCUGCAGAUCCUGGAGUUCUCCAACUACCGGCUGCAGCUGGCGUCGGGCGCGUGCUGCGGCGGCGCGGCGCGCGCGGCCGACGCGUGCGCGCAGCCGUGCCGCACGCGCUUCGCGCUGUGCCUCAAGGAGUACCAGUCCGCCGCCGCGCCCGGCGCCUGCUCCUUCGGCCGCGCCGCCUCGCCCGUGCUGGGCACCGACUCCUUCACGCUGGCCGACCCGCUCUACACGCUGGCGUUGCCCUUCUCCUUCCGCUGGACGCGCUCCUUCACGCUCAUCCUGCAGGCCUUCGACGACGCCGCCUACGCCGAGCCCGACGCGGGGCUCAUCGAGGAGGCAUGGUGGUCCGGCAUCGUGGAGCCCGGCGCCGAGUGGCACGCGCUGCGCCACGCGGGCGCCGCCGCGUCCGUGGCGUACCGCGUGCGCGUCACGUGCCAGCCCAACUACUACAACGCCACGUGCACCACCUUCUGCCGCGCGCGCGACGACAAGUUCGGCCACUACGCCUGCACGGCGGCGGGCGGCAAGCGCUGCCUGCCCGGCUGGCAGGGCGACAACUGCGAGAAGCCCGUCUGCAAGGAGGGCUGUCACCCGACGCACGGGCGCUGCGACCAGCCCGGCGAGUGCGUGUGCCGGCCCGGCUGGCGCGGCGAGCUGUGCGCGCAGUGCACGCCGUACCCGGGCUGCAAGCACGGCUACUGCAACGGCUCGUCGUGGGACUGCACGUGCGACACCAACUGGGGCGGCAUCCUGUGCGACCAGGACCUCAACUACUGCGGCACGCACGAGCCGUGCCGGCACGGCGGCACGUGCGAGAACACGGCGCCCGACCAGUACCUGUGCACGUGCGCCGAGGGCUUCUCCGGCGCCGACUGCGAGCGCGUGGACAACCCGUGCGCGCCGCAGCCGUGCGCGCACGGCGCCUGCGCGCUGGCCGCCGCGCCCGCGCCCGGCUUCACGUGCGCCUGCGAGCGCGGCUGGACCGGCGCGCGCUGUGACGUGGACGUGGACGACUGCGCCGCCGCGCCGUGCCGCCACGGCGCCACGUGCCGCGACCGCCUCGACGCCUUCCACUGCGACUGCCCGCCCGGCUGGCAGGGGCCCACCUGCGCCGACGACGUGGACGAGUGCGCUGCCCGCGGCGGCGCCGAGGGCGCGCUGGGCCCGUGCGUCAACGCGGCCGCGUGCAACAACACGCAGGGCGGCUACGCGUGCACGUGCCUGGCCGGCUGGACGGGGCGCGACUGCGAGCUCAACGUGGACGACUGCACGGGACAGUGCCUGCACGGCGCCACGUGCAUCGACCUGGUGGACGACUUCCACUGCGCGUGCGCCGCGGGGUACGCGGGGCGCACGUGCGCGCGCGAUGUGGACGACUGCGCGUCGCGCCCGUGCCGCCACGGCGGCGAGUGCGUCGACCUGCUGGACGCCUACCGCUGCAUCUGCCCCGUCGGCUUCUCCGGCGCCGACUGCGAGGACGACCGCGACCACUGCGCGGGCUCGCCGUGCGGCAACGGCGCGCCGUGCUACACGGCGCAGAGCGACUACUUCUGCCACUGCACGCCCGGCUGGACCGGCAAGAACUGCACGCAGCGCGCCAUCAGAGACCAGCUGGACGAGUGCUCGCCGAACCCGUGCCACAACAACGGCAGCUGCGUCGCCGCGCCCGCCGGCCCCGCCUGCAUCUGUCUCGAAGGCUGGACCGGCGAGACGUGCUCGGAGCGCGCCGAGGCGGCGUGCGACCCGCCGUGCGCCAACGGCGGCUCAUGCGUGCGCGGCACAGCGCUCGCGGCACCCGCGCACUGCGCCUGCGCGCCGGGAUGGGCGGGCGCCGCGUGCGAUGCACCCGCCGCGACGCCCGCUCCCGUGGCGUGCGCGUGCCUGCACGGCGGCUCGUGCGAGGAGCGCGCGGGCGCGUGGGCGUGCGCGUGCCGGGCGGGCUGGGAGGGCGCGCACUGCGAGCGCGCGGCGCCGGGCUGCGCGUCGGCGCCGUGCCGCCACGGCGCGCGCUGCGUGGGCGGCGCGGGCUGGUGGGGCUGCGAGUGCGCGCCGGGUUGGGCGGGCGCCGACUGCGGCACGCCCACCUGCGAGCCGGCGUGCCCGGCGCCGGCCGAGUGCCGGGCGGCCGGCGCGGGCGACGCGCCGCGCUGCGUGUGCGCCGCGCCGCCCGGCCGCCUCGCUCGCCGCUGCCUAGAACUGAUCGCCGGGCUGGGCGCGGAGAGCGGCGAGGCGGCGGAGGGCGGCGAGGCGGGCGGCGAGCCGGUGGAGCUGGCGGCGGGCGCGGCGGGCGGUGCGUGCGGCGCGGACAACGGCACGUGGUGGUGGGGCUGCAACGCGUGCCGCUGCGCCGCCGCCGCGCCCGCCUGCACGCGGCUGUGGUGCGGCCUGCCCGACUGCCUAGCGCCCGGCGCGCCGCCGUGCCGCGCCGACGAGGUGUGCGUGCCGGCCGCGCCCGCGCUGUGCCUGCGCGCGCCGUGCGCCGCGCUGGGCGAGUGCCGCCGCGUGGCGGGGCGCCGCGUGGAGCCGCCCGCGCUGCCCGCGCCCGCCGCGUGCUGGCCGGGCGCGCGCGCGGCGGUGCCGCCGGGCUGCGCGCGCGCCGAGCUGCGCCUGGCGCGCGAGCGGCUGGCGCCGGGCGCGCACGUGGAGCGCGCGUGUGGCGCGCUGCGGCGCGCGCUGGCGGCCGCGCUGGCGGAGCGCGUGCCGGCGCCGCCGCUCACGCUGCUGUGCGACCUGGCGCCCGACGACGACGACGCGCUCGACCUCGCCAUCUGGGCGGGCGAGGAGGACGAGGGCGCGGACGUGCUGGCGGCUGCCGUGCGCGCGCUGAGCGAGCUGGUGGCGCGGCGCCGCCUCGCGCAGCACGCGCUGCUGGCGGCCGCGCUGCGCCUGCGCGUCACGCCCGCCGCGCCGCGCGCCGCGCCCGCCGCCGGGGCCGCCGCGCCCGGCGCGCUGCUGGCGCUGGCGGGCGCCGCGCCGCUGCUGCUGCUGGGCGCGGGCGCGGCGGCCGCGCUGCUGCUCCGCCGCCGCCGCGCCGCCGCGCGCGAGCGCCGCAGCCGCGACGAGGAGAAGUCCAACAACCUGCAGAACGAGGAGAACCUGCGCCGCUACGCCAACCCGCUGCGCGACGAGCCGCUGCCGCGCGCGCACUCGCUCUACAAGGCGCAGAACGCCGACGCGCGCAACCACACGCCGCCGCGCGACAAGGAGCUCACCAAGCGCGCGCUGGCGCCGCCCGCCGCGCCGCUCGCCGCGCCGCCCGCCGCGCCGCCCGACGCGCCGCCCGCCGCGCCGCCCGCGCUGCGCCACCCGCCGCCAGAGCGCCUCACCGUGCUCGUCUAGUGUGAUAGCCCGCGAACUGAACGGCUCUUAUUUAUUGUGUUGUAGAGUGAUCGUGUUUUGUAAAUAUGUAUUUUUGUAAAUAGUGUUAAAAAGAGUGAUCUAAUUGAGAGUAAAUAGUUUUGUAUGUCCUAUUGAGAGAUUGAUCGGUACGAUUUUAUAUUUGUAAAGAAGGUUGUAAAAAUUUAGAAGGAAGAAAUCGUUGUAAUAAAACCUUAUAAAAAUUA